AUGCCAGCCUCGUCUCUUGACCAGCGAGAAUUGCCAAUCUUCGGGCUCCAGAGCCACGAAAGCGAGCGCCCUAGUAGUGCUGAGAGCCAUCUCCAGCAUCAGUCAUCGGUUACCCUACAGCGGCAACGACAACCUUCCAGCCAUGAGUGGAAACUGUGGAAGGCUGAUAUAUACUACUGGUAUAUCGAGGAAAACAAGACCUUGGAAGAUCUGAGGAAGCGAGUAUGCUACAAGCACAAUUUUCGUCCGACGUAAGUUAUAACGUCGUUCCUAUUAAAAGUAUUAUCACUAACAUCUCUAGUAUAAAACAGUUGACGAGGAGGCUUGAUCAGUGGAAUUUCCGGAAAUACAAGAGCCAAAAGCGGAAAGGAUCCAGGAAUAGAGUGAUCAUUGAAGUCCAACAUCGAAGAUCUGUCAAAUCAAUACACAGUCUUUCAAAACUCGGCAAAGAUUCAAACACAAAUAAAGGCGACAGUGAAACCUUCAUAGAUAUGGAGACUGUUGAAUUCGAGUUUCAGCCACAACAAGCGCCGAGUAUGCCAUACAUAUCCCGAACGACAAUAACAAGCUAAUAUAAUAUAGGUCUUUGCAAUUGUCGAACAAAACGACCCGAACAACCGAAUCGUCAAUGUGUCAUCCUCCUGACAAGAAAGACAAGCGCGGCCGCUUCGAUUCCAGCAACUUGUUCGGGUCCUAAGGAGAAUACCAUGAAUGACUUGGAAGAACGGCUCUCUGAGCUGAGCAUAUCUUUUGGAGUCGACAGUUCAAGUUUCCAGCAACCCCGUGUUUCAGAUAACCGCAUGCCGAAAGAAUAUCUUACAGCAGAAGAACUCAAGGAACUCAAAACUUUUAGUGGUUUUAACGAUCAAGGGGCGCUUUCUGGUACAAUGUUACAUAGUUACCCACAGCCUGCCAAAAGACGAAAUGAACCUCUCAAGCUCUUGGGUUACGAUGUUGAUUUUCCCUCCUCAUUGCUGGUUCCGAGCCUAUCUGGAGAACUGUAUCCAUUUCCGCGCCGACCAGACUCAGAUUGCACAAGAGCAAGUUCUACUCCAGAAAUAAUUGUGCUGCGAACUACUAUUUCGGACUACCUGAGCAAAUUUGGGGCCUUGAGCCGACUGAAACGUCCAGAAACGGAUCCAGUUAUGAUCAAAAUGAUGAAUGAACUGGGGAAAAGGUGCUGGAAUUUGGACCUAUUUUGUGAGUCGGAAACAUGGUAUCGACGAGAGUUGUCUGCGAGACAACUGUCGGGCGAAUCACCAGUCGCUAUCAAAACACUUCAGACGGAACUUGCCAUUGUUGACUGCAUCAAUGAGCAAGGUCGCCAUGAAGAAGCGUUCUCGUUGCAUGAAACCAUCCAUCGAAAGAUUAUCAAUCACGACGAUACUAAUAAGAACGACUUACUCAUUAGUGAGACUUUGUUUGUCCUUGGGGGUAUUAUCUUCGACCAGGGUUAUUUGAAAGACGCAGAGGCGUAUCUGCGGGAAGCAGUACAGAUCCGACUUAAUUAUUUAGGUCCAUGGGAAAAGGAAAGUCUGCAAGUUAUGCGAUGGCUCGUGACUAUUCUCGAGGAGCGAGAAGAAUACGAGGAGUGUGAAAGAUUGUUGAUUACAAUAACCCAGCUGCAAAGGUCUAUUAGUGAAACAGAUUACGGCGAAAUUUAUUGGGACAUGCAAGAUUUAGCAAGCACAAAAGGGCGCCAAGGAAAGUCUCAUGAGUGCGAAAUGAUCUAUCGAGAUUCACUCACGGGCGCGGAAUCCAAACUUGGAAACGAACAUCCAAGGAUGGCAACGUUCUUGCACAAUUAUUCCCGUCACCUUUUGAUUAUAGGUAAACUUGACAAAAGCGAAGAAUUGGCGAGAAAAUCACUGAACUUAAAGUCAAAAAUUCGGAAUCAAGACGAGUACGAAACAUUGUUGACUCUCUCACUCUUAGGUAAUAUACACCAGAAAAGCGGUUUCUACGAAGAAGCAGCGCAGUGCUGUGAAAAGACACUGCGAGGCUAUACAUCAAUCUUAGGCUCCGAUAACAUCAAAACAAUUUGGGAAUGUGAUUAUCUGGCAUAUUGCUAUGCGGAACUUGGUCGGUUUGAAGACGCUUUGCACCUGCUAGGGGAAUUCAUUCAGGAUGUCGAGGCUCAAGUCGCUAGCAGGAAAAAGCCCUGUUGGGGAGAUGGGGGAUUGGCCGAAGUUCAAGAGUGGAUCGGAGACUUCAAGGACGAUAUGGAAGACUAUCGGGAGAAACUCGAGGUCCGGAACAUUUCUGAAGUCGAUAACGAGCUCUCUUCGUCCUCUGACGACGAAGGCUUAUUGGGCUUAUUGGGUGAGGAGGAGAGGUUUGUUGAGGAUGAAACCGACGUAUGGAUAUUUGACGCGCCGUAA